AGCACACUGUACCAAUUGUAAAGUAUGACAACUAAAUCUGGAAAUGACGUCAUCAUCGCACAGGAAGUGUUUGUCCGUCGUCGACUUGGGCUGCCCAGUGGGAUCUCUUUCAUAGUGGGCACGAUCAUUGGAUCUGGGAUCUUUAUAUCCCCCAAGGGUGUGUUACUGGGGACGGGCUCCGUGGGACUGUGUCUAACAGCCUGGGCUGUAUCCGCUGUGUUAUCAUUCUGUGGGGCGUUAGUAAUGGCGGAGCUUGGCCUCCUUCUCCCGCAAUCUGGCGGUCCAUACAUCUAUUUAAACAGAGCUUUUGGAAGCUUCCCGGCCUUUCUUUUUGUAUGGGUGAGCUCAGUGGUCAUUCAUCCUGCCUCCUUACUGGUAAAAAGCCUGACCGUGGCCGAAUACAUAUCACAGAUAGCCAUGGACGACUGCCAAAGAACCCAAGGGUGGACUAAAAUAAUGGCAGCCAUCAUCAUUGUUAGUGUGUCCACUGUAAAUGUUGCGAGUGUGGAACUAGCGGCGCGGACUCAGGUGCUGUUCUCCGUCAUUAAAGUAGGCGGAUUACUGGUGAUUAUCGGCGGAGGAUUAUACCAACUAGUAAUAGGAAAUUUAGGCAUACUUGACUCAGGUUUUGAGGGAUCCACAACAGAACUAAGCGGAUUUGCUGUGGCACUAUACAGCGGUUUGUGGGCGUACGGUGGAUGGGGAAAUCUUAAUUAUGCUGUAGAAGAAUUGAAAAAACCAAAUAGGAACCUGCCACUAUCAAUAGGUCUGUCCAUGCUGAUUGUUGUUUUUGUUUACAUGCUUGUCAAUGUCUCUUACUUUACACUGCUCUCCAAAGACGAGUUUCUGUCUUCCUGGGCUGUGGGCGUGACUUGGGCAGAGAAAAUGUUCGGGAAAGAGGGUGCAAUUUUUGUUCCCAUUAUUGUCGCUUGUUCGGUGUUUGGGUCUGCAAAUGGAGGUGCUUUUGUGGGUUCAAGGGUUAUUUUUGCUGCAGCCAGGGACCAGAAUUUCCCGGAAGUGUUUUGCUACCUUAACGUUCAUUCUCUGAUCCCGAUUCCCUCAGUUAUCUUCAUGACACUGAUGGCGCUGUUAUACCUUGUGUUACCUGGUAACGUCGGGUCUAUGAUUAACCUGACUGGAUUCAUAGCCUGGGGCACCUGGGGGCUGGUCAUGGCGGCCCACAUCGUCUUCAAAUUCAAGAGGGACACGAAGGACAUUCCACGGAGCGUCAGGGUUCCUAUUCUGGUCUCUAUGGUUGUGCUACUGUUGUGUGUUUAUCUGGUGGUUGCUCCGUUUUUGGAUGGUCUGAAGAUGGAGUACAUUUUUGCUUUCUCUGUCCUUGCUGUUGGUGUUCUUUUAUACUUUCCCUUUAUCUACCUUCAUCUCUCCAUUCCAGGAAGUGGAAUCUUGUAUGGAUUUAUGCAGCUAUUUUUAGAAGUUUCACCUCCCUCCCACCUGGAGUAAUACAUGUACUGUCUCAUCCAACCCUACUUAACUAACAGAAUGAUACUCAACUCUACAGCAAGGAGAAAACCACUCAGUCACAUUCCAGUAAGCUAUAAACUAACAAAAGUACAGGGUUUAAAAGACUAGCUCAUUACCUCGGUAAAAGUAAGGCAAUUAAGUGCAUUUAAUUAAAGUUAAUACAUGUAGUCUGUAUAAAUGAAAGAAACUAGGAGAUUAUGACAUCAUAGUAUCUGGUUCAUAGUC